AUGAGUGACGAACUGCAAAACUACCAAUUGCAAUUGCAACAAGUCGAGGCUGCUCUAUUAUCGGACCCCAACAACGACGAACUGAAAAAAUUGAAAAUAGACCUCGAAGAAGUCAUAGACUUAAGCUUAGACUUGAAAAACAAAGCAGAAGAAGCAGCCAAUUUACCAGAAUACACCGAACCUGUAGCAAUAGUCGAAGAAGAAGAUGAAGUCACACGAUCUUUACUGGCAGUGGAACAAUUUGUCGCUAGAAACAAAGCAAAGAAAAUGUGGAGAGUGGGCGACAUUUGCAGCGCCAAAUGGAGUGAGAAUGGACAAUAUUAUGAGGCAAGAAUUGAUGUUAUUAAUCCUGACGGCCAAGUGAAUGUAACAUUUCAAACUUAUAAAAACAGAGGAAUUGCUUUGUUGUCUGAGCUAAAAGAGUUUACAGGCAAGAAGCGGGUGCUCACUGACUCAGAAAAAAUGAAAAAAGGCAAAGUCAAUAAGGAGUAUUUAAAAAAAAAAAAACAGAAAAAGCAAGCAAGGUUUAAGGAGCUUGAAGAGGAGAGGGAGCAGGAUAAAAACAAGUGGCUAGCCUUUGCUAAUAAGGCAGUAAAAACUAAAAAAACUGGCCUUAAUACUAAGAGUAUAUUUGCCUCGCCUGAAGCUGCCAAUGGUAGGGUUGGUAUUGGUACUUGUGGUAUAGGAGGCAAACCAAUGACAGAAUUUUCUACAGCUGAAAAGUGGAGAAAAGGAAACUAA